AUGAGACAGAUCUUUCUCAGGCUCAUAAGUCAUAUAGUUAACCUUAGCUACAGUCGAACGGUUAACUCGGACCAACCAGAACAUGGGUUUAACUAUUCGGCCAUUCGACCUCAGUUAGUCGGCUAUCUGACCUCACAGGUAUUCGGUCACUCGGCCUCUACUGUUCCACUUUCCAUGGUCUUAAGUGUUCAGGUACUCGACCAUCCGGCCUCAAAGAUACUCAGUCAUUCAGCCUCAAAGGUUGAUCUUUGUGGUGACCAACUGAGAAAAAGUUUUCCUGGAGACGGAGAUCAAACAAUAGUAACUCUUUCAAAAGCUGAAGCAAUGAAUGAUGAUGAAGAUAGCUGUUUCUAUGAGGCAUUAUACAUGAGCAUGGGGAUCGGAUACUUCACUGGAUUUUGGAGCUUAGUAGGGCCAAUGCUACUUUGGCGUUCUUGGAGAAAUGCUUAUCUGAGAUUCCUAAAUAAAUUGACAGACAACAUGUAUGAUCAGUUGUAUUGA